AACGAAGGGGGCAGGCAGGGGGAGAGUGGGAAAAGUUCUGGCCUACGCGGUGUGCUCCCACUACAGUUUCGCUCGGUGACCUACAGACACACACACAAAAAUGGAGAGGACACAGAUAAAGAAAGAGCAAGAUAAGGGGAAGACGGAGGAGGAAGCGGUGCGCCUUCGGAGGGAGAUUGGGCUGCUUCCUGCUGUGUCCUUCAUCAUCGGGACGGUGGUUGGCAGUGGGAUCUUUAUCGCUCCGAAGGGAGUGUUGAUGAACAGUGGCAGCGUGGGGCUGUCUCUGCUGGUGUGGGCGCUGUGUGGCAUCCUGUCCCUGUUUGGGGCCUUAUGUUAUGCUGAACUAGGAACCACUUUCACAAAAUCCGGGGGUCACUACACUUAUCUCCUAGAGACGCUGGGGCCCCUGCCAGCCUUCUUAAGACUCUGGGUUGAGUUCCUCUUUAUAAGACCAGCUGUGGCGUCCUACGUCUCCCUGGCUUUCGGACGUUACGUUGUUGAACCUUUAUUUGCACCUUGUCCUGCUCCUUCAGCACUGAUCAAACUCGUCAGUAUCCUCGGAGUGACAUUUGUUGUUGCAGUUAACUGCUGGAGCGUCAGCAUGGCCUCGCGCACUCAGGUCACCUUGACCUUCAUUAAGAUGUUUGCGCUGGUACUCAUAAUUAUUCCUGGGGUCAUUGCUCUAGCAAAAGGAAAGACAGAAAAUUUCCAGAAUGGAUUUGAGUUGGAGUCCAUAACUCUGGACAGGCUGCCACUGGCUUUCUAUAACGGUUUAUAUGCAUAUGGUGGAUGGUUUUAUCUGAACUUUGUCACAGAAGAAGUAAUAAAUCCAAAUAGAAACAUCCCUUUGGCAAUAAUCUGCUCCAUGGUGACGGUGACGGUGUUUUACGUGCUCGUCAACGUGGCCUACUACACCGUGAUGACGCCCGCUGAGCUGCUGCUGUCUGACGCAGUGGCUGUGACGUUUGCAAACCGUGCUCUCCAGGGCCUGGCCUCAGUGAUUCCCAUUCUGGUCGCUCUGUCUUGCCUUGGAGCUCUCAAUGGCGGCUUCUUCGGCUCGCCCAGGAUGCUGUUUGUGGGCGCCAGAGAAGGCCACUGGCCACCGAUCUUUUCCAUGAUUCAUGUCCGACAACGCACACCGUUACCUGCUGUGCUCCUCCUGUAUCCAUUGGUGGUGGUGAUGUUAAUCACUGGGGAAAUCUACCAGCUCAUCAACUUUGCCUCUUUUUCACGCUGGUUCUUCAUCGCCCUGGCAACCUUGGGCAUGCUCGUCCAUCGAUACCGCUUCUCCCACCACCCAAGGCCCUUCAAGGUCCCUUUGGUCAUUGCGGUCACCUUCACAGUGGUUUGCUUCUUCAUUGUGGGUCUCUCGCUUUAUUCGGACCCCUGGAACACGGGGCGGAGCUGUGCCCUCACUCUAACAGGAGUUCCCGUUUACUACGCGACUGUCCAUCGCUUUCGGGUGCCACGUAGAUUAGCGCACAUUUUCAAUUAUUGCAGCAAGCAGCUGCAGAUCCUGCUGGAAGUGGCUCAACAAGAAGUCCAGACAUACUGAAGACAGUUAAGACAUUUAAGUUUCCACUGACAAUCUUUGAGGAUUAAACCUUUCUUAGAGAGUCCAAACUAACUAACUAACUAAAAUACUUCUUUUUGUACAAGAAAACAUUAAAAAGAAUAUUUGUAACAGAUGUAUAUGCAUUUGUCUGCUGAUUUACCAAGAACAUUGAAAAAGCAUCAGUAACCCCUAAGACGUCUUAAAAAAAUUUCAUGCUGAAAUCAAAAAAUUUGCUGAAUUUUACAAGGAAGGUAAGCCAAACCAAAACCUUUGCUGACCUUAGAAUUAGUAAUAAAACACAUGGAGUAGCUUUUUAAAAAACAUCUUGUCCAAGAUGGCAAAAAUUUUUUUUAACAGUUCUACAACAUGUAAAAAAGGUUAGACAAAGAGUUGUAUUUAAAACAAAAGUCACCCAUCCACACCUUGCAAAUGCCGUGUUGUAAAGACCACAGUUGCAGCGAUGAAAUUAAAUGGAAAAAUCCUUCAAUUUAAUGAGGAUCUAAGGAAUUUAUUGUAGUCUUACUUCAGAAAACAACCUCUCUUCAUAAACAGAUGGAUUCAUAGUGCUGAGAUUAAAAAGCUGAGACAACUCAAGGACCUGUUCUUAAAAACACACAUUAUUCAGUGGUACAGAAAUAGGUCACAUCUCAACCUCAAAGAUGAUACUGCAAAUAAUCUUUCUUACUGAAGACAAAUACUAAAUAUUCUGUAUUUUCUGCCUUAAGAGGUAAAAAGAGCAGUUUGCAAAAAUUCCUCUGUUCAGAUAAAAUGCCCUUCAGUUGACAACGGCACAUCCAAUAAUUACAGUGAAGAUUUCUGACAACAGUUCUACAAUCAGACAAUCCUAUUGCUGUUAGUGCUACUUGUAAUACUUUUGUUUUUGUUUUGUUUUUUUAUUGCUGGUAAGACUUUGGAACCCAACAACAGAGUUUACCAAGUGAUCAAAUAAUCUAUUGUACAACUGCAAGUCAUAUAUUAUAAUGUGCAAAUCAACAUAUGUGUACACUUAAAUAUUCCUCUUCUCAUGCAGCUCUUAUAAGUGACAGCGAUGCAGAGCGGCUAAAAGACAAUACAAAAGAGCAGGGCCACAUGCAAGAGAAGAAUUUGACACACGGAACAGUAAAAAGCAAGUGCAAACAUGAGAAAGUUACAAAAAAAAAAAAAAAA